AUGGCUUCCAACGGCAAGAACUCCGCUAUCCAGGACAUACGAGAUCAUGCUCGCCACAAGCAUUGGAAGAAGUUCGACUCCAUCAUCAGGACCUUGACUGCCAUGGAUGCUUCACCAACUGACCUUGAAGCGAGGCUGCGGUCAGUUUUGAACGGAACUAUGGACCAGGGAGGAAAGAACGGCUUAAUUGACCCGGACAGUGCCGUUCCAGAGGCCAACGCAGACACUACACUCAAAGGGAAAGCCACCUCGAAGGAGGGCGGCAACGAGCGGAUAAUCAAAGUUGAAGACGACGAAGAGCAGCCACGAAGCGCCACCAAAUACGGUGAGGUCCACGUUCGCAACUCCCCAGCAACUGGAACGGAUCGACAGAAAUGGAAGGCGACCGAGGACAUUGGCACAAUGGAUCGCAAGGGCAAGCGACUCACCCGAAGCAAGAGCGGAAACCAACCUGCAAGCCAGCAAACCGGCCAUGUUGAAUCCAAAAUUCCCCAGCUUUCUUUCUCCGAGGCACCACCCGAUGCGAACAAGAAUCCGACCCCAGCUGCUCACAUCUUUCGCGAUGAGCGAGGUGUCUUCGUCCGGCCCAGAGUUGGCUGGCAGUUUCGCGAGAUCAAAGGAAUCACCAAGGUAUGGUACGACGGGAAGUGGCGACCCUUGAUCGAGGAUCAGCCAAGCUUCAAAGGAGUGUGUGAGAAAGGCGGUUGGAUCCUGCCAAUAAUGGCUGGAUCGAAGGGGGCGUCUCUGGAGCAGAGAAGGAGGUGGGAGCGUCAAGGAAUGGUUGAGUUCAACUCUCUGUCUUGA